AUGGAUAACAGCAAGCCAGUGAAGACGCCUCAAGAUCCCGGCCUGAAGCUAACCAAGAACAUGUGUGAACAAGAAUGCAAGCACGAAGACACCAUGUGCAACGUGCCAUAUCGAAGUGCUGUCGGAGGCAUCAUGUAUCUCAUGGUCGCCACACGUCCGGAUCUAGCUGCUGCAGUGGGAUCAUUAUCCCAGUUCUCGUCCGACCCAUGCCCGACUCACUGGCAAGCUUUGAAGCGUGUGCUGAGAUACCUGCAAGCAACGCCCAAUCAUGGUCUUGAGUUUACACGUGAAGAAGGAAGCCGUAUCUGCGGGUACACCGACGCAGACUGGGCCGGCGACAUUGAGUCAAGACGAAGUACAAGCGGCUAUGUGUUCAUGAUGAGCGGAGGAUGCAUCAGCUGGAACAGCCAGAAACAACGGACGGUCGCGCUAUCUUCAACAGAAGCAGAAUACAUGGCGCUUUCCGAAGCAACCAAAGAAGCAGUAUGGCUCAAAGUGCUUUUGGGGGAACUUGGUGAGAUGACAAGUGACGAAGCGAUCAAGAUGUAUGAAGACAACCAAGGAUCAAUCGCUCUCGCCAAGAACCCGGAGUUCCAUAAGAGAACAAAACACAUCGACAUACGCUACCAUUUUGUGCGUGAGAAGGUGGAAUCAGGUGAAGUCGUUUUGGAGUAUUGCCCGACUCAAGAUAUGCUGGCAGACAUGAUGACCAAGCCGAUCGCCGCUGUACAAUUUGAAAACAUUCGCGAUCGACUUGGGAUCCGAAGGUGCCGCAGCUAA